CGUUACCCGAACAAAGUGUUGGUCCUUUCUCUCUCUCCCCCUCUCUUGUUCCCCUUGUGUUUAUGUUAUAUUUUCCCUCUCUUUCUCUGGAAGCAGAAGAAUAGCUGCCAUGAAGACUCCGUCCUCUGUCCUCGAACUUUCUUUGACAGCUACACUAUCUUUACCAAAUAUUUAUUUAAGAUCACCUUCGCUUGCUCUCUAACUUCCUCUCCGGUCACCCACUGUUAAAAAUGAAAUAUAUAGACAGUAAAUGUUUUGCUUCAUCAUCACUCUGCCGCCGUCCUGUUUGUUUUACUCUUGCUUUCUGUUUGCUCUAGCUCCUGAGUAAAUAUCAUAGAAACACCAAGAAUAAAGAGAAAGAACAAAGAAAGAGAACUCGGGAAGGGAACAAACAUCCUUUCUUUUUUUGUGGUGACAGGUUUGGCACUUGGAUUGGACCAAGCACAAGUCAUGAAUAUCAUCAGGGGAAAUAAAUUUGUCAGGUUUGAAGACUGGAAUUCAGACAAGUCCUGUAGUUCAGAAAGACAAUAUUCCAUAUAUGAUGGGUUUUAUGCAAGAAAAGUAAAGCCAACAGUAAGCGCAGUUUGGGGUGGUAUCCACAGAGGCUGGGAGAUGGGUUCUGAUAGGUUUAAAGGGUUGAGAAAACCAACAAAAGAAUCAGUCAAUAAAAGGAAAAUUUUUGAUCCACAGGGUGCAUUUCUCCAGAAGUGGAAUAAAAUAUUUGUGCUUGCCUGUUUUCUCGCAGUUUCCCUAGACCCUUUGUUCUUUUACAUUCCAGUGAUUGAUGGGGUUAACAAAUGCCUUGAUUUGGAUAAGAAAUUGGAGACGACUGCUUGUGUUCUUCGGACAUUCAUUGACGUGUUUUAUGUACUUCGCAUAAUAUUUCAGUUUCGUACUGGGUUUAUUGCCCCUUCUUCUCGAGUAUUUGGUAGAGGCGAACUGGUUGAGGAUCCGAUCGUUAUAGCUAGAAGAUACCUGACCUCCAACUUCGUGAUCGAUGUCAUGUCGAUUCUUCCACUUCCUCAGGUAGUAGUCUUAAUCAUCAUUCCCAGCUUGAAAGGUCCUGUUUCAUUGGUUGCUAAAGACUUGUUGAAGUAUAUUAUUUUGUCCCAGUACGUGCCAAGAUUGAUGAGAAUCUAUCCUUUGUUCAAUGAAGUAACUAGAAGUUCUGGCAUACUUACUGAAACAGCGGGGGCUGGGGCUAUUUUUAAUCUCUUUCUCUACAUGCUAGCCAGUCAUGUAAUUGGAGCCUGCUGGUACUUGUUGUCAGUAGAACGCCAAGAUAACUGCUGGCGUAGAGUGUGCGAAGCCCCUCUGUGUCGUUCUAAUGAUCUUUACUGCGGAGAUCACCGUGCAGAUAAUACGGCCUUGAGCACAUUUCUGAAAGAUUCAUGCCCUUUUAUCCAGCCUGAUGAAAUUAAAAAUUCAACUAUCUUCAACUUCGGAUUGUUCACCGAUGCUCUUGAUUCGGGUGUGGUGGAAUCAUGGGAUUUUCCUAAGAAAUUCUUCUACUGCUUUUGGUGGGGUCUUCGUAAUCUUAGCUCUUCGGGCCAGAACCUCAAGACAAGCACUUACGUUGGAGAGAUUCUCUUUGCUGUUUUCAUAUCCAUUGCAGGGUUGGUUUUAUUUUCACUGCUUAUUGGCAAUAUGCAGAAAUAUCUACAAUCCACCACGGUUAGAGUAGAGGAAAUGAGAGUGAAAAGAAGAGAUGCAGAUCAGUGGAUGGCACACCGUAUGCUUCCUGAAAACCUGAGGGAGAGGAUUAGGAAGUAUGAGCAAUACAAAUGGCAGGAAACCAGAGGUGUGGAAGAGCAGACUGUAAUCCGUACACUUCCUAAAGAUCUCAGAAGGGACAUCAAUCGCCAUCUCUGCUUUGAUCUAAUCACGAGAGUGCCAAUGUUUGAAAAAAUGGAUGAGAAAAUCCUGGAUGCAAUCUGUGAUCGUCUCAGGCCAACCCUUUAUACAAAGGAUAGUUGCAUUGUUCGUGAAGGUGAUCCAGUUGACGAGAUGCUAUUUAUCAUGAGAGGUGAUCUAGUGAGUGUGACCACCAAUGGUGGAAGAACUGGUUUUUUCAAUGCUGUUUAUUUAAAGGCUGGUGAUUUUUGUGGAGAAGCGCUUCUUACAUGGGCAUUGGAUCCUCAAUCAACAUCCAAUCUCCCUAUUUCGAGUAGAACUGUGCAGGCUUUAUCAGAGGUUGAAGCCUUUGCUUUAGUAGCUGAAGACUUGAAAUCUGUUGCCUCCCAAUUUCGACGUCUUCACCACAAGGAUAUCCAGCACACGUUCAGGUUCUUUUCUGUGCAAUGGAAAACAUGGGCAGCAUGCUUCAUACAAGCAGCUUGGCGGCGUUACUGUAGGAGGAAGCAAGCUAAUUCUCUACGUCAAGCAGAAGAAAAUUUGCAAGAUAUUUUGGGAAAGGAGGCUGCAAGCUUGCCAAGCCUUGGCGCCACCAUAUAUGCAUCAAAAUUUGCCGCCAAUGCCUUGAGAAAUCUGAGGCAAAAUGGUGGACGCACCCCUAGAUUGCCACAUAGAUUGGCGUUGGUGCCUCAAAAGCCAACUGAGCCUGAUUUUUCUGCUCACAAUCGCUAGUUACUUAAAAAUAUACUUGGAAGUUAAAUGUACAUUAAGCAUAGUACAUAUGUAUUAUUAUUCUAAAAAGAAGCAAAAUAUUGUUAUAUUUUUGUUUCUGGUAACUCAACGACUGAGUCUUAGUUACA